AUGGUCAGACUUCAAGAAUGGCUGAACUCAACCCUGCGAGAGCGAGGUAGUGGCAACGGGCAAGGCAGUUCAGAAUUUACUCAAAGUACAGGGACGACAGUCCUCAAUUACUUGGGUCAGAUACCAGACAAGCCACCUACUCAAAAGCGCCGAAGAGAGUAUUCCGAUGAUGAAUAUGACGAGAACAACGACGGGGCACCAGAUAGAAACCAGAAGGAGACGCAAGACUUCAAGUCAGCCUUCAACCUGAAUGAACAUCAGAGGGCCGACAAUAUUUGCCAGAGGCAGAAUGAAGACCUCGCAGAAGAGGGCAUCAACGAAGAACAGGAGAGAUUACUCCGUGUUAGAAAGAGGAACAAUGGAAAAUCUCGACAAGUAGCGGAAGAAGAGAAGUGGGUUGAUAUGUACAAGAUUCUCUUUCCUGACGACAGCCCAGUCCCUACUCCAUUUCCCGAAUUAUGUCAUUUGCAAUCCGGACAAGAAUUCGUGCUGCCUAGGGCGAAUGUGCUGGACAGUUUUGAGGACUACGCACGACGUGAGUUUUCAAGACGUAUGCGGCCCCGUAUGGAGAGUUUAGUCGAUGGAAUCCUGGAACAAGCGCUCACCUCUCAAACGAUCACCGAUGUCGCCAAUAACGUCCUCCAAGGUAUUAUGGAAUCCUUUCGUGAGAGUCAAAACCAAGAGGCUUGCCAACCAGAAUCCCAGAACUCGAGAAGCCCUAGCCCUCAGCAGAGGCCUGUUGAAGGCUCUACCCAAGUACCUCAAUCAAGCCAUGCUUUUGACGGUGGCCCCUAUUCGAACUUGGAAAUUGACCUGGAUGAUAUACUAAACUCUCUUGAUUCUAAUCAGUCAUUUGAUUUUGAGCAAUGGGGAGCGGAAGAUGAAGGCACGAGCACAUUUCAUCCUUUUGCGCUCCAGGUUGAGCAGUACAAUGAGGCAAACGCUUGA